UUCAUUCUCAUAUUACAAAAUAUUCUUUACAGGGAAAAAAACAAGGAAAAGGUACUAAAAGGCAAGCUCCUUUAUCACUGGAUGAUGAUUAUGACCCUACACGUCCAAAUGAUUAUGAAGAAUAUAAAGAAUAUGAAAAAAGACGUAAAGAAGCUGCUUAUCAUGAAGAACAUUCCAGACGUAGAUCAAUGAGCCCUGAACCAAGGCAACGUUCACCACCUCGUUCGUUCCCUCCUCCCCCAUCAUUAUAUUCAGAAACUCAGCCAUUAGCAGUUGAAACAUCUGUUCCAGAACCUCCUAGGCCACGUACUCCACCUGCCAAGAUUGAUUUAGAUAUAACAGGUGAAGAGGCAUUUUUACGAAGAGCACGACUGAGCAACCGCGUUAAUGAGACAGUCCAAAA